AUGGCUGGCUACUGUGGAUGCCUUUGGCAGGACCAUGGUAACCGUCAGCCUCAGUAUCUCCCCCAGGUCUCACUCGAGGCCCAUGCAACUAUUCUCUCCUCUGUGGCCCGUACAACCUUGACACAGGUAUUUGUCAACCCAUCUGACAGGGUCAUCGAAGAGAUAUCCUACCACUUCCCUCUUUACGAUGGCGUUAGUGUUGUCGGUUUCGAAUGCAAGGUUGGAUCUCGUCUCCUGCACAGCAAGGUGAAGACCAAGUCACAGGCCAACGCGGACUACCAAAAUGCUGUGGCUCAACAUCAGAUUGCUGCUGUCAUGGACCACACCUCCAUGAAUGACGUUUUUAUCAUUCGACUCGGUAAUGUCCCCGCUCAUGGAAAGAUUAACGUCGACAUCACUUUCGUGGGAGAGUUGAAACAAGACUCCCAGACUGAUGGAAUUCGCUACACACUGCCAAGCACCAUCGCACCUCGCUAUGGAACUGGACCGUUUUACGAUUCUACCCAAUUAGAUUCGCUUCGUCUGCCAGCCAACCCCAAAGGGAUGUCUAUCACCGUUGAUGUUCAGAUGGAGAAGGGUUUGGUGAUCCGAGAGCUGGAAUCUCCAAGCCACCGGGUCAAGGUCUCGCUCGGACGCAUUUCUUCUACAACUGCCCCAUCGUCUGCCUUUGAACCAUGGCAAGCAUCUGCCUCUGUCAUUACCCAGCAGAACAACACGUCCGUAGUUCUGGAACAUGACUUUGUUAUUCUCAUCAAAGCGGAUGGGCUUGAUACUCCCUGCGCAUUGCUUGAAAGACACCCAACCAUCCCUAACCAGCGCGCCCUGAUGGCAACCCUCGUGCCAAAAUUCAGCCUCCAAGCCGCUAAUCCCGAGGUGGUCUUUGUCAUUGACAGAAGUGGGAGCAUGGGACCCAAACUCCCAAUCUUGACAUCCGCACUUAAAGUUUUCCUGAAGUCUUUGCCUGUUGGUAUCUGCUUCAAUAUCUGCUCCUUCGGAUCUUACAACUCUUUCAUGUGGCCAAGGAGCAAGGUGUAUGAUAAACUCAGCUCGCAGCAAGCUUUGGCUUUUGUUGACACCAUCGACGCGGAUAUGGGUGGUACGGAGAUGCAAGGAGCAGUCAUGGCAACCGUUCAAAAACGACUCAAUUUCAACGAUUUGGAUGUGCUGCUGCUCACUGAUGGGAAGAUCUACCACCAGGAUCGAUUGUUCGACUUCGUCCGCGAAAAGGCUGCUGACAACACUGUUCGGUUCUUUUCCCUCGGCAUUGGCGAAGCAGCAUCUCAUUCUUUGAUUGAGGGAAUUGCAAGAGCCGGAAAUGGAUUCUGCCAGUCGGUUACGGAAUACGAAGAAUUGGAUCGCAAGGUCGUUCGCAUGCUCAAGGGUGCCCUGACCCCUCAUAUCCAUGACUUCGAACUCGAAGUUGAAUACGACACCGAGACAGAGCGUGAGUUUGACUUUGUGAGCGACACUGAGAACCUCAUCGACAUUGAGACGGAGGGCAAAAAGAAGGAGGGAGAUGGAGACGUUUCCAUGAAAAGAACAACAGGCAGCUUAUCGCAGUCGAUUCUGUUGUACGAUGAGAACUUCCAGGAAUCCGACAUGAAGGUCGAUGCCGAAAAGAGAGCAACUGAAACUCUUCCCACUCUCACCGCUCCAGGAGCAAUCCGAGCUCCCUACAACGUCCCGCCACUGUACCCGUUCAUCAGGACAAAUGUCUUCCUCCUUAUGGACCCGCACUCGCCUGAGAAAAUCCCCAAGUCGCUGAAGUUCACUGCCACUUCCAAUAACAUUCCACUGGAGCUGCGGAUCCCGAUCUGCGACAUCGGAACCGGCGAAACAAUCCACCAACUGGCUUCACGAAAGGCUGUGAUCGAGCUCGAAGAGGGACAUGGCUGGCUCUCUGAUGCCGAGGACGAGAAAGGAAACAAAUUCAAACAGUUCCACGCCGACACAAAGAAGAGGCUUGCAAAGCGUGAAUGCCAGAACUUGGGAAUCAAGUUCCAGGUCACUGGGAAAUACUGCUCGUUUGUGGCCUCGGAAGAAUGCAGUUCGUCUUCAGAACGACAGGACCAACAGCAUACCCCGAAGGAACAUGCCGCAGAGCGAGUUCCUCCCAUAUCACAGUCUGCUAGGUUCUUAGGUGGUGGACCCCCACACAAUGGUGGCGGUUGGGGCGCCUCCCUCCCGAUGCAGGCACUUUUUCAGUACACUGGACCCCAGCAGACUUCGAACAACGGAGUAGCACCUUUUACGCUCAUGGGACCUGGGGAAUCGAAUCGUAUGUGUCGCCCACGCGCGGUACCUGCAGCUCCAAUGAAUAUGAUGCAACCCCAAGCUAGAGCUCUAAUGAUACAAACCGAAGUGUCGUCACCUGGAAACACAGAACCUACAGUCCCGCGUCCUCUCUAUGGAUCAGCUGCAUCAUCUGCAGCCCCAAAGCUUGGUGCCGUGCUGGCCCGAGCGGCACGAGUUGCAACGCCCCCGACUCCUACUUUGACCAAAACUCCGCAGAUGAGAAUGCACGAGCUUAUUCAGCUGCAAACCUUUGAAGGCAGUUGGGUGUGGUCGAAGGAACUCUUCGAUCUUUUGGAGUGUAACAUGAAAUCAACAACCAGAAAAUUGGCCACAAUGUACCACAGUCUCAAUCGGAAGGUUGAAAAAGGGUUUCCACAGGGCGACGAGGCGACUGUUCUCGCAACCCUGCUCGCAAUGGGAUGGCUGUGCAAGAAACAGCCUGCUUUUAAGGAUGUUUGGGAACUUGUGCAUGACAAAGCUUCUGAUUGGGUUCGAAUCCAGUUGAAGAAGAUGCGGGAUCGAGGUUCACCUGCGGCUAUUAUUGCAUCGGUCCAGGAUGAGAUUACUGAUAUGGUCUGA